AUGGGUUGGGGGAAGGAAAGGAAGGGCAAGAGAAGGUAAUGGCGAGCGAGAAGCGAAGCAGUAACCCAUCGGCAGAGCAGAGAAGUCGAUCGGUUUUCGAUCUCCCUUCCGAUUUCUUCAAUUCAUGUCGGCUUCUUUCCGAAAGUGGCCGCGCCCUUUCUUCCUCCGCUCCUUUGGAAAUCUCUGCAAGCGAAGAAGAGCCCCUAAAGGAAGAGGAGGAAGAGAAGGGGAAGGAGAGAAAACCAAACCCUAGAUUGUCCUGCAACACCUGCAAGGCCGACUUCGAUUCCCUCCAAGACCAGCGCUCCCAUUUCAAGUCUGACAUCCACCGUUUCAAUGUCAAGCUGAGUCUUGCUGGAAAGGAUACUGUGAAGGAAGAAGAAUUCGAUGAGAUGACUGGUGAGUCUUUAUUCAAAGAUUACGAUAUAUCGAGUAUAUCAGGGUCUGAAGAUGAGGUAGAGAAGGUAUCCUGUUCAAGUGCUGGUGUAUUGAGAAAAGCACAGGAAAGCAUUAAACAGAAAUUAUUUAUCCGUCUUCAGUCAGGAGAUAUAGUCUCUGUUUGGAAGUGUUUGCUUUUGAAUGAGUUGGAAGAUCCCUUGUUUGAGAAUAAUAAAAUCCCCAAGGAGAAUACUGGAUCUAUUCCAGGCUUGAGAGAGGGGGAGUUUGUUGAGAGAUUGAACCAUUUGAUCCAUGAGCCGCGGGAUAAAACACAUUUGAGGAUUGUGUUGCUUGCAAGCGGUGGGCACUUUGCAGGUUGUGUCUUUGAUGGGAUGUCUAUUGUAGCUCACAAAACAUUCCAUAGGUACGUGGUUAGGGCAAAAGCAGGCAAAAAACAAUCGUCUAAAGAUGCCACUGGAAAAGCUGCUAAUUCUGCAGGAUCUUCUCUUCGCCGGUAUAAUGAAAUUGCUCUAAAGAAGGAUGUGCAAGAAUUACUCGCUACAUGGAAGCCCUAUUUUGAUGCUUCCUUAUGUGUUUUCAUCUAUGCUCCUUCAAAUAAUCGUAAACUGCUUUUUGAUGGGGAAAAGCCACACUUUUUUCAUCAGAAUUGUGCCAUACAGAAUGUCCCUUUGACAGUACGCAGGCCUACAUUGAAGGAAGCAAAGCGCAUAUAUAAUUAUCUGACAAACAUGGUCUAUGAGGUUGAUGAGAAGCAAGACCCAAAUGUAAAAGAGGAUUUGCUGUUAUGCGCAAGUGAUGUGGGUAAAAACAAUCAAGAGUCGAGUGAAGAACAGUUGAGGGAUCGGAAGAAAAGUAAGGAAACCCCUGAAUCAUGUUCUGAUUGCCCAAGUUUUUCUGGACCGUCCAUGUCUGCAGAGAGCAAAGUCAUAUCCACAUCAGUUUCCGCAAAUGAACCAACAGCUCUACAUGAUGCAGCAAACUCCGGCGAUGCACAACGAACUUUAGAGCUUCUGGAACAGGGUUUGGAUCCAUGCAUUAAAGAUGCAAGAGGACGGACACCAUAUAUGCUGGCAACAGAGAAGGAAGUGAGGAACACUUUCAGACGGUUCAUGGCUUUGAACUUGGAUAAGUGGGAUUGGCAUGCUGCCAAUGUGCCUAGUCCUCUGACGAAGGAAAUGGAGGAAUCUCAAGCAGCUAAGCAAGCGGAGAAAGAUGCAAAAAAGAAAGCUAAAUCAAAAGAGUUGAAGAAACUGCGCAAAGCAAAAGAAAAGGCUCAGGCACAGGUUGCACCAUCCCAAAUUUCUUCAGCAAUUCCGCAUGGUCAAGGGGCAAGUGCGGCUUCAGUUCUUAAAGGGCAUUCCCAAUCUAACAGUGUGGCAACCAUGUCCAAGGAGGAGGCCCUGGCCGAAGAGAGAGAGAAGAGAGCAGCAGCAGCCGAGAAGAGAAUGGCAGCUCUCAAUGCCCUUGCGGCCGGUGCAACGACUGGCACGAGUGCCACUCCAGUUCAGAAAGGCGAAGGAAAUGAUGUCAAGUGUUCAUGUUGCAUGGCUUCCUUGGCUGGGAAGGUACCCUUCCACAGGUACAAUUACAAGUACUGCAGUACCUCAUGCAUGCAUGUCCACAGAGAGAUGCUGGAGGAUGGAUGAUAUAGCUUUUCCAUUAUGUGAUGGUGGGCCAUUCUCAUUGCAUGUAUUUAAUUCCAUUUAUUUAUAUAGAGCCUUGGGAUUUUAUUA